GCCACCAUGCCGCCGCGCCGCUGGGGUGCUUCGGGCUUUCGCGGCGUCCGCGAGCGCCCCAACGGCUGGUACUCCGCUGAGAUACGGGCCGGCGACGUCCGGCUCGGCCUCGGGACGUUCCGGAGCGUGCGCGAGGCGGCCCGCGCGUACGACGCGGCGGCGUGGCGCUUGAAGAGGCCCCGGUCGCAGAUGAAUUUCCGGGACGUCUUCACGCGCGAGGAGGCGCAGCGCGUCGCCCCUCCGCCGCAUCUCAUCACGGACAUGGACCGUGCCGACCACUCUCGGCGGCAGCGCCGUCUCCUCGUCGCCGAGGAGGACGAGCGAGCCAUGGCGGAGUGGCGCCGUCGCCACCCAGAGGACGUCGAUGCCGAGCGUGCCUACUGGGCAGAGAGGACGGCAAGGCGCCGCUCGGAGCGGGCGGACCGGCGUCAGCGGAAGGCAGUGGCAAACGAGCAGUGCGACAUCGUCUCCGCAGGUGGGAGGUCGUUCUUCACCUCGGACGAUGAACAUUGGGACGACAUAUGGCUCUCAACCUCGGACGACACCGACGAGAAUGAUGAUGGUGAUUGUAGCGACUUGGAGUAG